UGCCUGCAGUAUACUUUGAACAAAUAUACCCCAAAAUUGGCACAUCUUUUUAGGAGGUGGCUGAGUUAGAUCAUCAGAGAUAUGAAAGCGACAGCUGGACUAUUGGUGUUGCUCGUCACGGUUUCUCAAGGUGUAGAAAAUCCCUGUGAUGGCAGAAAAGAUGGUGCUCAGUGUUACGGAAAACUGGGAGGGAAUAUAUUCCUCCAUUUGAUGGACAAUGCCUUAUCUUUAUUCAGAUAUGAAUGCCAGCAAAACAAGACGAUUUUAUUUAAAGGGGGAUCACUCCGUAAUUUGUCCCAACCACCCGAAAGAUUUAGCUUCACUCCAGAAGAUGGAAUGAUGAAGAUAGAAAAGCUGGAGAGGACGGAUAGUGCCAACUAUACUAUUAUAACUGUUGGCCAAAGUGGAACUCAGAAUGAGCAGUGGACUCUAUUGUUGUUUGUUGAAGCUCCUGUGACCUCCGUCCAUAUUGCUUCUAAGUGUCUGUCCCAGGGAGAGCAGUUGGUGUCUUGCUCCUCUAAGGAAGGGGACAAUGUUCAGUACAAAUUGACUCUGAACAACCAACUGCUGAAGGACGCUGACCUCUCUUCUGGGCAUCUUCAAUCAAUCAACGUCACCCUGAAGCAGCACGUCUCAGGACAGCUAGCCUGCUCUGUUGGAAACCACGUCAGUCAUGUCUUGGAAAGCCUGUUGAUAUCUACUUGUGAUUUCAUUAACUGCACCUCAAAUGGGACACGCAUAUCUGGGUGGUUGCCUGAAACCAGUAAAAGCCUGUGCGAUGAAUAUAUUCCAAGAAUCAAGGCCCCUCAAAGUAAGAAUUAUGUGCUAAUAAUGGCCGGCAUCCUCUCAGCGCUCGUCACCCUCCUAGUGAUUUCCGUGGCGAUUGUGGUUUUGUCUCAGAAGAAAAAGCAAAGCAACACACAUGCAGAUGAACCGGAUUUGACGUAUGCUGACGUCAGGAUCAUUAAUCAGCCGCAGAAUAAAAGCCGGAUCAAAGCCAGACAAGAGGUGGAGGUGGAGUACGACCAGGUCAAGUUUUCAGAGCGCAAACGCCGAACUGUUGAGCUCAAACAGGAUGGAUGUGUUUAUGCCAAUGUCCGCAGAGACAGGUGAUUUUAUUUUAUUUUCAACUGUUACAGGGCAGAUGGUGUGUUACAAGUGUUGUUACAAAAGAACAAAAGACCUAUGAAGUAUUUAAUGGGACUGUCUAUUUUUAUCAUUUUUCAUCACCUCUAAUGCGUAUUUAUUAGGAAUGAUCAAUGUUUCAAGUAAGCAUCCUCCAAUUUUUUUGUUGAACAGAAGCUGCUUCAAUAAUACAGAAUACAAUUAUACAAUAAUACAAUUAAAAUGAAAAGCACCUGAUUAGUAAGGAGAGUAAAAAAAAAAAAGCAUACAGCACAAACUAGCCCUGAGACACAAUAAAAUUUGUAAAAACAUGGCAAACAUUGCAAAAUGGAAAAACUCAAUGAUUGCUUUAUUUUAGUGUUGUUGAACACUGGUGUACUUAUUUUUCUUUUUGUGUGACAGUUGUUGCAGAAUGCUACAAUUUUGAGUUCAGACAUCACCUACUGAGAAGAUUGUAAUGCCAAGUUUACACUUGCAUGCUUUUUGUCCGCACUAAAUUUUGCGUGCCGUUGAGUAAAAUGUUCAAAAUUUGUGGCUCGCAUAAAUUCCUUGAACUCGUCGUGAACGCACCAAAACCUACUUGUAAACAAUGCGGGCGCUGCAUAUCAAAGCGUGGGUUAACUUUUCCAACACAUCUUGGAGCAAGUCGAGGGGAAUUCUCAAGUAAUUUCAAUAGCCUCUUGGAUCUUCCUUGUAAAUUUCUGUUAAUAACCAGUCAAUGUCUAAAGCGAUGUCUUCUAGUCGGCAAUUUCACCCCACACAUUGUUUGAAUAACCGACAACUGUGUGAGCUAUAAAUUUAUUUACCACAACAGUACAGCAAAGCAUGCUGGGAAACAGGAAGUACUGUUGUGAAAACCACAUACAGUACGUAGGCGCCGCUUCGCUGAGCCGUACGUCAGAGUCACCGCCAUAUUGGCCGUGAGAAGGCUGCGCUGUAAGUCAGUACAAGGAAAUCCAUCCAUCCAUCCAUUUUCUAUACCGCUUCAUCCUCAUUAGGGUCGCGGGGGCAGGAUGGAGCCUAUCCCAGCUGACUUCGGGCGACAGGCGGGGUACACUCUGGACUGGUCGCCAGCCAAUCGCAGCAGUACAAGGAAAUGUACUUCAUAAAACGUCUUUCUACAAUGAAAUAAAAUUUUUAAGUUAAUGCCUCUCGUUUAUAACAGUUAAGCACCAAAAACAUGGUAUCAGAUGGCUAAGAUUAGAACUUUAUUGAUCCAACACAGUAAUAAUUCACAUUGCAUCAGCGAUAGAGCACAAAGUAGUGCCAAAAAACCAUACACAAUAUAUAUAUAUAUAUAUAUAUAUAUAUAUAUAUAAUGCAAUAAAAUAAGAAUAUAAAAUAAGAACAUUAAAGUUAUCAAUCAAAAUAAUAACCAGCAAAUUCAUGUAUUUUAAACGAUACCUCUUUAACUAAAAAUAAAUUAAAUUGUUCCAAAAGUAACAUAAAUGAAGGCACAAAAAACACAAAUGUAUUUGUAUAUAAAAUAUGUAAUACAUGAAUUAUCUACUCGGAGAUGGGUGGAGUAGCCAACAAAACAACUGCACUCAUUUAAGUAGAGUAUUGUUACUCUACAACAAUUUUACUCAAGAAAAAAUAUGUGAUGUUACACAUAUGGGUAUUGGUAUUGGUUGAUAUCGGAAUCGGAAAUUGAGAGUUGGACAGUAUCGGCUUAUCGGUUAUUUGCAAAAACGCCAAUAUUGGACAUCCCUAAUCAUUACACAUCACCGUUACACUUAUUUUUAUUUGUUAUUUUUGGCAAGACACCGGCGACCCACUGAAAACGGCUCCCACCAGUUGACAAUCACUGAUCUAAAUGACAAGCAUUGCCACGGCGAAUUGCAGGACAAUGCAGAGGCAAAUUACGUGCAAGUGUAAACGCUGCUUUAGGCUGACAGUUUGAGCCUGCAAUAAAAUAAUUGUUGACAACGCAUCAGUUGAAAUAACUCUUUAAAUGACCUCACCGAUUGAAUUACGCUGAACUUAGAAAGUUGCAUGCAUUUGACGGACAACGACCUAACUCUUGCAUCAGAAAUGAUAAAAAUAGGCAGGAUUCUGGCUUUUUUAUCAUAUGCUGACUGGAAGUAAGAGUCAUGAGGUGCAUGUUUGUGUGGCCUGACAUUUCUACUUAAAGCAACAUGAAGGUGUCCACUGGCUAAUAUUGUUGUUAUUGCCAUGGUGACCCCACGUCAGUUACUUCUGCAUUUAUUUAGAGACAGCAACUUGCAUGUGAGUUCAUUGGCUUGUCUUCUUUUUGAGAUGCAUUUUCACCACAGUAAAGUACAUUUCCACUGCAGCCUUGGAGCAAACAAACACAAUUAUUUUCAUGUACAUUCAUUUUCAACCACUUACCGUAUCUGCUCCCUUUGAUCAGGAAUUGAUCAAAUUGAGGAAGCAAAUGGGGGGCAAAAUAAACUGCAGAAUAUAAAACAAUCUCCUGUUUUCAUCUCUUCUGUAGAUAUCCAUCACUAUUUUGUUCGCACCGCAGUCAUCCAGCUCUUGAUAAGAUAGCAAACACAAGCUUUGCUACCAGCAUGCACAUAACUGCUUUUCCUCUGGCUUCUGCAUCU